AUGAGGAAGUUGCCGAACGAGGCACCCGAGGAAGCGAGGGCACUAUGGGAGGCCCACCGUAGGCGCUUGCAGCUGCAGCACGUCCACCGUAGCCGUGACCUCGCGGAACCGACCAUACAGCAAAGCGUCGGAAGUCUUGUCUUACCUCCCGUAGACGCCGACACUUCACUUAUAGGGCCUCGGUUGGCUCAACGGCAAGAGCGGAGGCGCCGAAAGAGAGGGGGGAGAGGAGGGCAGCAGAGGUGGCUUGUAAGAGGCCAGCAAGGGCUGCAGGUUGGAGGGCAGCAUGGGCUGCUGGCAAGGGGGCAACAAGAGCUGCAAGAUGGAGGGCAGCAGCUGCCGCAUAGCGGCGGGCAAGUGCAGCUACAGAGCAAAGGUACAGCGACGGCUGCCAGCGUGGGGGCGGUAUCAAGAGCUGACGGAGAAGGAACAGCGGCUGCUGGAGAAAGGGCAGCAGUGGUCGCAGAGGUGGCAGAUGGGGCGGCGACCGCUGCACCAGACGGGGUUGCGGCUGAAGUUAGGGACAGGGCUUUCGCACGGCCAGCAGGGGCGGUAGAGGCCACAACUGGGGCAGAGGAGUCCGCUGCAGGGGCGGCAGAGACCGCAGACGGAGUGGCGCGGGCCGCAGGAGAGGCUGGCAGCGAUGGGGACGCUGGAGUCCCACCACAGCCCCAUGAGGAGGUCCUCCCUGCCCUCCCCAUGCCCACCCCCAUGCAGGCAGGAGCUUUAAUAGAGGGGCAGGAGGAAACAACGAGGUCCGCCCUCACCAGCAGAUGUGCAUAUGCCCGAGGCGCUUGGUUUAGCCGCAUCAACCCCCGCACCGACUCCCCUCCGCCCCGCCCCACUCCGACCCCCCUCCCACAACAACCAGCCAUAACUCCCCAAGCCAACGCAGGUCGACGACGGAGGGGGAGAGCCAGGGGCGGGGAGGGCUUAAGUUCCACACCCCCACCUCCGUUUUCUGCCCCACCUGCAGCUCUACUCCCCGCCCCCUCUGCCCAACCUGCUCUAGGCGACCCUCACAUGGGCUCAUCACCCAUCCUUCCCCCCCCUCAUGAACCCUCGCCUUUGCAGGCACACGGUGGAGGUUCCACCGCUCAGCUGAGACAACUGGAGGGUGAGCUAAGGCCGGUGCAACAACCACAUGCAACCCAGCCACAUGGACCAGGUCACCCUCCCUCCCUUACAGACCGGGAGGCGUUGGAGCCCUCAUCGGGCUUGGGGGCAGCCGUAUCUGACUUGCUGGCAAUACAGAACACUGGCAUACCCCUCUCUACUCCCACCCCCCAGACCCCAGUGGUACACGCCCUCGAAGCCCCCCUCAUGGACCUCCCUCUUGCAGCCCCCAUCCUGCAGGAACCCUUUCACCCUUCUCUGAUGGAGACCGAUCUGAUCCUCAGACCGUGCGCCUCUGACGCGGAUUUAAGUGCAUCACUCCGGCCUGCCUCACCCCACCCAUCCCCGUCAUCAGCCCCACCUAUCACCACGGCAUAUAGUUCCGAGGGCACGGCCACGGCCGACCCCACCGACACAGCGACGUCACCAGACGAGGUCGUGAGGGUCCGUGGUGGGUAUCUAGACAUCCUCUGCGCCAUCUUAGCGCGGGUCUCCCAGGACCCAGAGGCACCAGGCCCUACUCUCCUCUUGGAGGCGGCACCGACGCUCCUACUGGCUCCGGCGACACCGCCAGAGCGUUCAAACACGGCCGCCAUUGCAACGCGCAUCAUCCGCUUUGGACGAGGUGAGUGGGACGAGCUCAUCUCUGAGGCCCUACAGCGACGUACUCCCCUUCCUUUACAAGCAGCACGUCACGCUCACGCCACCACUUUCUCCCCCACACCGGAUGACCGCCGCAUUGCCCGCUGCCUGCGUCUGGCGGCUUGCAAUGACACCUCGCGGGCCUGCGCGGCCCUGGAGUCGGCAGAUGCAGCACCUGACACGGAGAGUACGAUGCAACGUCUGCGGAGCAAGCAUCCCGUCGCAGAGUGA